AUGGCUCAACGUAUAGCACGUCUUUCACGUCAAACAUCACUUCUAUUAUUAUGUGAUAUGCAAGAAAAAUUUCGUCCAACAAUUAAAUAUUUUCCUCAAAUUAUUGAAACAUCAAAUAAAUUAUUACAAGUAUGUAAAAUUCUUAAUGUUCCAUAUGUUGUUACUGAACAAUAUCCAAAAGGUCUUGGUCGAACAGUAAAAGAACUUGAUAUUGGUAAUGUAAAACCAUUUGAAAAAACAUUAUUUUCUAUGUGUACACCUGAUGUUAUAUCACAUAUGAAAAAAACAGUCAAAGAUUUUAAUACAGCUAUUAUUUGUGGUAUUGAAACUCAUGCAUGUGUACUUCAAACAGCUAUUGAUUUAUUAUCACAAGAUUAUCGUGUUUAUGUUGUUGUUGAUGCUGUAUCAUCACGUUCAUUAACUGAUAGAAUGUAUGCAUUUGAACAUAUGCGUCAAGCCGGUGCUUUUCUUACAACAUUUGAAUCAAUUAUUCUUCAAUUAACACAAGAUGCUGGUCAUCCAAAAUUUAAAGAAAUUCAACAAUAUAUUAAAACAUCUGCAGCUGAUACAGGACUUCUUGCUUUAAAAAAUAUACCAAAUUCAUCAUCAUAA